AUGACACGUCUGUAUUCUUCUCCCUCACCGAUUGGUACAGAAAGACCUAGAAAUUCUAGGGUUUUACGAAGAAUUAGAAGUGCUUUGUGCUCAAAGGUAAACCCUAAUUGCUCUGAUUCUAUGAUCUUUCAGCACCCCAAUUUCUCAAAUUUUUGGUAAAGAAAAGCGCUCAAUUUUCAUUGUUUUCUCUGUUCAUAUCUGUCGGGAUCUGUUGUUUGGAGUUGGAUAUCUGAGUUUUAUAUAAGGGUUUUUGAUUUGUUUGAAAACUGGGUUUUUCUGAUUGAUUGUCGAGAGCCCAUUUCUGGGUUUGACGUUUUUGAGUAGUUCUGAUUAGUGGUUUCCAGCAGUGGAGUGGAUCUGAAUCUGUGUGGAACUGGUGGGUUUUGAUAAUUUGGGUGUCUAGGGUUUUGCAUUCAUCAGAAUUUAUUGGGUUUUGGAAAGCCUUUCUUAUUUCGGCUCUGAAGAAGUUGUGUUUUGAUGUUUUUUAGUAUAAAAAAGUUGUGAUCUUGUUGAAGUUGGGGCAUAUCAUUCUUGUAGAUAUAAUAUUGGUAAUAACCUAGCUUGAAGCAUUAUCUAAGUUUGGUUUGAGCUGAUUUCGAGUUAGUGAAGAAAGUGUAAAAGGUGGGAGAGUUAAAAGGGGCUUUAGAUGGGGAAGCCACUGUUCUAUGAGAUCUUAGAGAAGCCUGCCACUAGUUGUAUUAUAGGACUAUGCUGUGCAAUUUGGUUCUACAUACAGAAGAAAAACAUUGGGUAUUCGCAUGUGGGUUUGAGUUAUGAGACAGCCAUUGAAGGGCAUCAUUGGAGGAUAAUUACGUCAGCCCUUUCCCAUAUAAGUGUUAUUCAUCUUGUUUUCAAUAUGAGUGCCCUUUGGAGUCUUGGGGUGGUAGAGCAGUUAGGGCACAUGGGCAUGGGCGUGGAAUUCUAUCUCCAGUAUACCCUCGUUUUGGUCGUGUUAUCUGGGGGGCUGGUGUUGGGGUCCUACCAUGUUUUGAUCCAACGGUUUAAGCUAGAUUAUUUCCGAAGAGUGACAGCUGUUGGGUAUUCUUGUGUUGUUUUUGGCUGGAUGACAAUCCUCUCUGUGAAGCAACCCUCAUCGAAGUUGGAACUUUUUGGGUUUCUUUCUCUUCCCAUCAGUUUUGCACCUUUUGAGUCGCUCAUCUUUACUUCAAUAAUUGUUCCUCAGGCUAGUUUUCUUGGCCAUUUGUCUGGAAUCAUUGUUGGGUAUGCUAUUGCAUGGGGUGUGAUACACGGGAUGACCAAUUACUGGGCAGUUUCAAUGUUGGGAUGGAUUGUGCUCGUGUUCGUCUUUAGCUUAAAGCGCUCUGGUGCAUAUGAUUUCAGCUUUCUUGAGAUUGAACCUGUUACAGAUCCUUCUUUGCCUUCUGUGCGGUUUCUUGCAUCAGGAAAUGGUAGAACUUUGCAGAUGAGUGCCCUACCAGUUGGAGGUUCCGAUCUUGUGUAACUUCAGGUCAAGAACGUAAAGGUUCUUUGUAAAAGUGGACUUCAUCCUCUUUGAAAAUCAUCUCAUACUGAUACCGUUAGAUAUUUCCCUGACAAACUAGUCAUUUGUGCUUGGAACGUAAGGAUGUUCGGAGGUAAUCAAAGUUCCUUACAUCUACCACUCUCUUCUGCUGUGAUAUACAAUCAUUCAAGUUCAUGGUGUAGCUUUCCCUGCUCAUUAGACUGUUGAUGCAUCCUUGCUGACCAACAUGUUGGGAUUUAUGAGACACCUUUUCUUUUUGGAUUGAUCAUCUUUGGUUACAAUGCAGACAGAUUGCUAGUUGAGGUCAAGGAUUGAACUUUUUUGCCUCUGUUUUAUGUAAUGAAAGGAAAAAUUACUUUCUUGUUGUCUGUGUUUAUGGGUAGUGUCUUGGCUUUAGAAGCAGGUCUCGUGCUUAUGUGUUUUGUACCUUAUAAUGUCAUCACUACGAAGAAUGGGGAUUAAGAAGUGUAAGGAUUCUUUUU